AUGCCUUCUUCUAAGAGCGCUCCCGUCAUUGACUUCUCCGACUUCUUGUCUGGGGACAAGGCACGGAUGCAGCAUUGUGCUGACCAGAUUCGAGAUGCUUGUCUUACCCAAGGAUUUUUCCAGAUCGUUGGCCAUGACAUUCCUGCCAGCCUUCAAAAGGAUAUCUUCAAAGCAUCAAAGACUUUCUUUGCGCUGCCGUUGGAGGAAAAGAUGAAGCUUGAUAAGUCAUUGAACAAAUACAACCGUGGAUACGAAGUCAUGCACGGCCAAAUGAUCGAGGCCAACACCAAGCCCGAUCUCAAAGAGGGCUACUAUGUAUCUCGUGAUUUGCCCAUGGACCACCCUCAAGUCAAGGCAGAGAAGUUUGCCCAUGGCCCCAACGUGUGGCCCGAGUCUCUGGGAGAGUCUUUCCGAGAGACUUGCAUGGACUAUUUGAACCGCAUUAUGAAGCUUACGGAGGAAGUUAUGCGCGCUAUGGCCAUGAGCUUGGGCUACGAUGCAGACUACUUCCAAGAGUUUUGCACCGACCCCAUGUGCUUCUACAAGUUGCUUCACUACCCACCCCAGCCCUCGUCAGCUCAUGCUCUUCAAAGAGGUAUUGGUGCUCACCGCGAUUUUGGUGUCAUCACUUUGCUCCUUCAAGGCGAUGUUGCUGGCCUCGAGGUCUGGGAUGAGGAGGUCAAGGACUGGUACCCCGUUCCUCCUGUUGAGGGAGCCUAUGUUGUCAACAUGGGCAACCUGUUUGAGCAGUGGACAAACGACAAGUACAUUUCCAAUGUGCACCGUGUCAUCAACCGCUCUGGAGAGGAGCGUUACAGCAUCCCGUUCAACUACAACGGCAACCCCGAUUUCGUUAUUAAGUGCAUCGAGAAGUGCCGCGUUAAGCCCGAGGAAGAGAAAUAUGCUCCAGUCAGCGUUGAGGACUACGUGGUUCAGAAGUAUAAGGACGUUUAUGGUCGUGUUGGUAUUUACAAGACUGAGACAUUUGCUCCUCAGAAGGUCGAUGCUUAA